UAAGGAUUAGGACCACAUGUAGAACAUCUUGGUGACAACAAGAAGAAUGGACUUCCUACUCCUGUCAACCUUAUACCUGACUGUGUUCAUCAUCCUUACCUAUGUGCUGUGGUUCGGGGACAGUUCAUUUCACAGGCGGGGGUAUGUGGGCAAGCUAAGGAGGACAAUCAUAACAGGAAGCCGUUGGUGUUUUCAUCAUUGCCUACCCUCCCUCCUUAGAAGACAAGUUGAGAAUCUGUGGCAAUAUGCAGCUUAUACAAGAAACCCUUUGUUUCAGUGCCUGUACGCCAUUCUGGUUCUAGCAGGCUUUUCCACUUUCCAGCUUGACGUCCUGCACUAUGCUGCCCUAUACGAGGCUCCCACCCUCCCCCUCUACCAGAAACUUCCCCUCUACAUCUUAUGUGUAAAUGCCGUGUUGUUCUGUGCUCUAAGCUUGGGAGACCCCGGAGUGAUCGUGAAAAGAAACGUUGAGAGACAUCUCAAGUUGUACGAGUUUGAUGGACAGCUGUACAGACAGGAUGAACAAUGCAGGACGUGUCAGUUCGAGAAGCCAGCAAGGUCCAAACACUGUGCAUUUUGUAACCACUGUGUGUACCGGUUUGACCACCACUGUCUGUGGGUAAACUGCUGUAUCGGUGGACUGAACCAUCGCCUGUUCCUGGGCUUCCUCAUCUCUCUGUGCUGCUUGUGUGGCUACAUUUCCUAUGCAACCUGGAAGGUAGCGCUGCUGAUAGUGGAAGCCAACAAGCUGUGGUCUGCCCAUUAUGUAGACCGCUAUGGUAGACCUCAGCCCAUGGAUCUACGCACUCUGUGUCAGUACCUCUUCAUGCAGCAUCCAAGAAUGAUCUUCCUCCUGGUUUCUCUCAGUCUCCUCACCGUACUACUCGUAGGCUUCACCCUGUAUCAUCUCUACCUCACACUCAACAACGUAACCACCAACGAACUCUACAAGAAACCUGCUCGACAACAACAACAUCAACAACAUCAACAACAACAACAUCAACUACAACAACAACAACAACAACAUGACAAAAAUAAUACCUUCAAAGGAAAAGGAAGCCAGCCUAAGAUGAAACAAAGAAAACAACUUUUAGAAGAAACUAGGCAGAGAAAGACGAAAUUUGCUGUACAAAGUCAAUGUCAUAGAUGGAACCCCUACCAUAGAGGAUACUUUCAGAAUAUUUUUGAAGUCCUCUGGCCACUUACAAGCAGGAGAUUAUGAUAAUGUACAUUUACAUAUCUUUUGUUUUCUGAGGAAAUUCUUCGGUAUUGUGUGUGUAUGUGUGUGUGUAUAAUGUAGUCCAUGUAAGUGUGUUCCCAUAUGUUUAUUAUUAGUAUAAGUCAUCACAUUUGAUUUCUUACUUAUAAAGAUGUGGAAAUUUUGCAACAGUGAACAAUGCAAGUCCCACAUUGGCCACUUCUGGGUACCAAACUGAAUAAUGUUAAAUUGUACCUGAAGUUGUUUUUUAAAUCAGUAAACAAGUUCAUUCAAGAUGAGUCAUUGGAGUCAUUUGUUAUCAAUUUUUGUGCAAUAAAUAUUUCAUAUUGUGA